AUGAACCUGGUAGGGGGCUACCAGCACCACCACCACCACCACCACCACAUGCUGCACGACCCCUUCCUCCUCGGGCCGGCGGCGCGGUGCCACCAGGAGCGAGCCUAUUUCCCCGGCUGGGUGCUCAGCCCGGCCGAGGUGACCCCCGAGCUCCCCGGGCAAAGCCCGAGUUACGGCCCCGCCGAGUACGGCCCGGCCGGCCCGGGGCGGCUGGAGGCUCUCAGCGGUCGCCUGGGUCGACGGAAAGGGGUCGGGGGACCCAAGAAAGAGCGACGGAGGACGGAGAGCAUCAACAGCGCCUUUGCCGAGCUCCGAGAGUGCAUCCCCAACGUGCCCGCCGACACCAAACUAUCCAAGAUCAAGACCUUGCGCUUGGCCACCAGCUACAUCGCCUACCUGAUGGAGGUGCUGGCCAAGGACAGCCAGCCCGGGGACACCGAGGGCUUCAAAGCCGAGCUCAAGAAGGCCGACGGCAGGGAGAACAAGAGGAAAAGGGAGACGCAGCCCGAGGUCUACUCGCAGCCUUUGGGCCACGGCGAGAAGAAGCUGAAGGGCCGGACGGGCUGGCCCCAGCAGGUCUGGGCUCUGGAACUGAACCCCUGAG